AUGGCUUUUGCACCGAUCUCUCCGUUAACUGUUGAUGGCCUAUCUAAAUUUCUUUCAAUCGGAUAUCAUCAUUUGAUCAACCAGGCUAUUUACACAUUUGCUGAACUUGGUAUAGCUGACCGGCUUAUUCAUGCUCCAUCUGAUCAUGGUUUUACUGUUCAAGAAAUCAUUGGUGAUGAUCAACCACAAUGGAAUAGAGAUUUACUUUAUCGAAUAUUACGUGCAUGUAUUUAUGGUGGUAUUGUCGAAUCAAUUCAUGAUGAUAAACAUUUUAUUCUUACCGCAUCUGGUAGUAUGAUGACGUCGGAUCAUCCAUCACAUGUUCGAGAUUUUAUUCGUUUAGUCUUUGGACCAAUAUCUAACAGUUGUAGUUUGCAAUUACCAAAUAUGGUGCGUGGUGAAGGUACAGGCAGUGGAAUAGCUCGUGUCUCAGGUGGUAUGGAUAUGUAUACGUUUAUGGCUCAACCUGAUCAACAGGAGUUCGUACGAAUAUUUAGUGGUGCUAUGACAACAUUUUCAAUGCAAAAUGGGUCUGAAUUAGUGACAAAUGUCGAUUUUGGUCGUUUUAAAACCAUGAUUGAUAUUGGUGGUAAUCGUGGAACAUUCUUAGCUCAGAUUCUUGAAAGUUAUCCAUCAAUUCAACAUGGAAUCGUCUUUGAUCUACCACAUGUUAUUGAUCAAUUUAAAAAUGGUGAAGAGUUCGAAUUGCGUAAAAUACAUAAAGACAAAUGGAAUUUUGUUUCUGGCAAUGUAUUUGAUUCAUCAGCUAUUCCAUUAGCAGAUGCCUAUGUACUAAAACAUAUUUUACAUAAUUUUGAUGAUAGUCAAUGUGUGAAAAUUUUAUCAUCGAUUCGUGAGGCUAAUGAAAAUCAAAAAGGUAAAUCAACGACUAUAUUUAUUAUCGAUCACAUAAUUUUACCGGGUGGAUCUUUAAGUAACUGGCAAACACAUGCACUCGAUGUAAUAAUGGCUAUUUUAUUUGAGAAUGCUCGUGAACGGACACAAGAUGAAUAUAAACAAUUAUUGAAGAAAGCUGGCUUUGAAUUGAAACAAAUGUAUCCAAUUCAGGCACCAGAUUCUAUCAUCGAAGCUAUCGUUAUUCAUUAA